CCGGCGGGAAGAAGGAAGUGGCGGCGGCGGCGGCGCGGGGCGGUUGUGAGGCUGGAGGGGGGUGGCAGGUGCCAGUCACCUGGUGCGUGCGGCUCUGGCGGCAGCGGAAAAAAUGAUUUCUGAAAGCAGCUCUUUCAUGAAGGGUGUGGUGCUUGGAGGAGUAUUCUGCAUGUUGGUUACGCUCCUUGGACACAUCAAGGUGGGCCACGGGACUAAAGCACAUAACCAUGAGCACCAUCACAUCCAGGCUCCCAACAAAGAAGAUGUCUUAAACCUUUCAGAAGGUGAACGCAUGGAGCUUAGUAAAAGUGUCCGUGUUUAUUGUAUCAUCCUUGUGAAACCCAAAGAUCUGGGGCACUGGGCUGCAGUGAAAGAGACAUGGAGCAAGCACUGCGACAAGGCAGAAUUCUACAGCUCUGAAAAUGUCAAAGUGUUUGAUUCUGUAGCUGUCAACACAAAUGAUAUAUGGGUAAUGAUGAGAAAAGCUUACAAGAUGACAUACGAACGCUAUAAAGAUGAAUUCAGCUGGUUCUUCCUUGCAUAUCCAACAACAUUUGCUAUUAUUGAAAACCUCAAGUACUUCUUACUGAAAAAAGACCCCUCACAGCCUUUUUAUAUAGGCCACACCAUGAAAUCUGGUGACCUUGAGUAUGUUGAUGGUAAGGGAGGAAUUGUGUUGAGCGUUGAAUCACUAAGACGACUCUCCCGUGUUCUUGAAGACUCUGACAAAUGUCCAGAGCAGGGAAGUAUGAUUUGGAAACUUGAUGAGGACAAACAGCUGGCUAUCUGCCUGAAGUACACUGGAGUGUUUGCAGAAAAUGCAGAAGACUCAGAAGGAAAAGAUGUCUUUAACACUAAGCCAGUCGGUGCUCUCAUUAAGGAAGCGAUGUCUACUCACCCUCAGCAGGUGGUGGACGGCUGCUGCUCCGACAUGGCCAUCACCUUCAGCGGCCUGGCCCCGAACCACAUGCACGUGAUGAUGUAUGGCGUGUACAGACUGAGACCCUACGGCCACACAUACAAUGAUGCACUUGUCUUCUUGCCCCCUGCAGGCUCAGACAAUGACUGACAGCACUUCAGAGAAAACCUGGAAUCAUGGGAGUAGCUGCUGUUGUGACACAUUUAUACUGACAGAUUCAAUUUUAGUAUCUGGUGGUACUGCUGUACAAUUUCUUUU